AUGAACCCAGUCGCCAGGCCUCGACAUGCAACCUCUUACGACCCAUAUUCAUACUCAAGUACACAUGAAGACGAACGAUCCUCCCCUCCAGGGGAACCCACCGGAGGAAUUUUGACUGCGACGUGCGAUACUCUCUUGGCUUUCAAGCAUCCCUUCAUUCCUCGUCCGCAGACGCCUUCUCCAAAUGGCAUCGAUUCCGUCGAAAGGGAGGAAGUUAGCAAUGCAGCGCCUUCGUGCCUGCUCGCCCCAGCUAAAAGCCACGUAACCACCGAGCUUGGCGCAUUGAAGACGGGCGCACUUGCAGCUCGAUCACGUUUGAAAGUCGUCGAUCGAUGCCAGCCUGCACCCGAUCAACCUCAGGGCUCGACAGAGCCUGGAAAUGAAGCGACUAACUCGACUGGUUCAGGUUUGGACGCGACGACGCACGGCGAAAUCGCAUGGUUCCAGCACUCAGAAGCGGCGCACAAUGUCCGACUGCGAGUGGUCCAGCCUGUGGAAAUAGCGGAUGGGGAUGAACAGGGUCAAACUGGCUCAAGUGGGGUUAUCGCUGCAAUGGGUCCGGCAACUGCGGGACGCUCGGAGGAGCUCAACAUUUCUCCAGCUUCUACGUCGUCCAGCCUCCUGUCUGGUGAUAAGAAUCGGGAUGUCAAGGUUGUUUCUGCGCCAUCCAGCUCUUACCUAGUCAGCCCCUUGGCCGAGGUCACGGAUGCUUACACGGGACUCCAGGGAGGAUGGGGGCUACCUUCCUUGACACCCGGUUUCGAUUUGAAACACCAACAUAUUCCCCAUGCGACUGAUUGUUACAGAAGAACAUCCCAAAAGCCUUCCCGCGUCAAAAACGUCGAUAAGAAAGGAAAUGAAAACAAAUCGAUUGACGCUAACUACUGGAAUCCCAAUCAGAUGCCUUCUCACCACAGGACUCGCCGCGGGCAGGGUUCUAGGAACAAUUCCUCCGCCGAUCAAUCAACUUUGCCGUCUGUCCCUCGAGGUCCCUUACGAAUAUAA